CACACUCUCUUUCUCGCCCGUCCCACCUCUUUUCGCUGAUAAGCACGCCGCCUUCUCCAGCCCGUCCACCCCCGCCGCUGCAGGUCCCGGGCGCUGCUCCCCACCACCGGCGGAAAAAUGUCGACGGAGUGUUCGGACCUCGGGGACGAGUUCUGGCUGCCGGAGGAGUUCCUGGACGACGACUUCUUCUCCGAGGAGGAGAAGGCGGCCGUGGCGGCCAGGAGCGAGAGCGACGAGGAGGACAGCCUGGCGGGGCUCUCGCGCAGGCUCGCGGGCCUCCUCGGCGACGACGGGGAGCGGAAGCCGCCUACCGCCAAGGCGGAGGUGGCGGUGAUUGGGUCGCCGCAGUCGACGCUGUGCGGGCUGCCCAAGUCGGGCCAGGAGAGCCCCAACGGCGGGGCGUCCAAGGGGACGUCGCCGCCGUCGUCGCCGCCUCUGGAGCAGAAGCCGGCCGACCCGUGGGACGUCCUGUACGAGGCGGCGGGGCAGGUCGCGCGCAUCCGCGCCGCCAGCAGCGUGCCGGUGCAGGUGCCGGCCAACGCAUACGCCUUCAGCAAGCCAUCCCCGCCGCCGCCGCCGCCGCCGCAGAUCGCUCCGCCCUCCGCCAAGGUCCCUGCCGGCGCCGGCGGUCACUACCACCCGCUCGCGCACUUGGUUUCGCAGCGGCAGAUGCAGGCUGCUCAGUUCCAUCUCCUGAAGCAGCAUCAGCUGCUGAAGCUGCAGAGGCAGCGCCAUCUCGCCGCGUGGAGCGCGCGCCAGAGCGCCUGUGCCAAGCCCGUCGGCUGCGGCGGAGGCGACGCGCCGCUUGGCCUGAACCCGGCGGCGUGGCCUCCGCUCCAGAAGCCACCGCCACCGCCGCCGCCGCAGCAGCACCAGGCGCCGGCGCAUCCUGCCUCCGGCAUGCGCGCCGUGUUCCUGACCCCGCCUGGCGCCAAGCGCGAGCGUAACGGCACCGGGGUGUUCCUCCCGAGGCCGGCCGGCGCGCCCGCGGCGGAGCCCAAGAGGAAGACGGCGGGGGCGUGCUCGACGGUCCUUGUCCCCGCUCGCGUCGUCCAGGCCCUCAACCUCAGGCUCGAAGACCUCGGCGCCCAGCCUCGCUACUACCCUGGCGGCUUCGUUCUCGAUCACGACGCCUUGAUUAGCCGGAGCAACGCCAUGCUCGCGAGCCAGAAGCGCCGCGCGGCUGCCGCUGCGGCAGUGUGCCACAGAAGUACCUGAGUCGUCCAGUCGCCGGCUGGACUUGGAGGGGGGACGCGGACGGGAAUGGAGCCGCCAAGAUUCCGUCGACAACACCCCCGCCCCCCUUUCGUUUGGAGGCCGGCAGUCCUGUUGAUCCUAAUAAUCGAAGAAACUAGCUUGGGUACCUUUUGUUAGGUAGUGUGUUAGCAGGCAGAGUUAGGAAGGCAGUAGCAGCGUUAGCAUCAUUGUUAGGUCUGUUCGUUUCGGAUCUGGUGAUACAUUCGUUUUAUUUUUGGUGUGGACGGAAAGCUGGGGGAGGUUGACGAGCAGUGAAGAAAACCCAUAAUGUCGUCCGGUGGUUUGGGGGAAGUGUAACAAAUAAUAAGUGGUUAGAGAGAGAGAGGUCUUAGCUGAUGCAAGAAGAGCCUGCAUAGCAAGUGUUGGAUGAUUUUCUUUCUGAGAUGAAAAGCAAAUAAGAGGUCAUUUCCCUCCCAUGCGCCCAAUCAGUGGCUGGCUUUGCUUGCUUUGGGCGCUACCAGCACGGACCCCUCUCUCCUGUUUUGCAACUUUUCUUUUUUACUUGGAAAAGAAGCUUGCCGUGGGCUCCAUGAAUAAGGGCGUUUGCUUUUAGCCUAGAGUGUAUUAUGAAAGCAUUUAUUGGUUUGUAUUGUGCUGUGCCUGUACCAGUGGUAGCUAGUAGUAGCAGUAAAAAGUGUCCCUUGACUUUGGUU